UGCUUAUCCAUACAGACUGAGGCCUAUAUCUUUUGACUUUUGCCUAGGUAGAGCUAGAACAUUGUGGGAAGAUCAGUUUCAUUCUCACUUUAUUCAGUUUCAGAUGGUUAGCAAAUGAGGGUUAUUUAAUGACACAGGCUAUAUUCUUUGGAAUUAUUUGCUUUAUUGUCGGCAUGUAUCGAUUUCGUCUCAAUAUGUUUUUUCAAUAUUAGGUGUGCUUGCUAACUAAAUUAAGAAUUCUAAUCGAAAAAUCGAUUUUCCUCUUCAAAUCAACACUUUUAAACCAGCGGACCGGUCCGCGCCUUGCGCGUCAGCAGGCGACUGCACAGCACAUGUCUUGAUUCCCGAUUGAGAAAAGCAAAGUGGUUUGGUUUGGGUGGAUCCUGGAUGGAAGGAGGCGAUGGAAUGUGUGUUUGCCGUGGACAGUGCGUCUUCCUAUACGUCUUGUAAUGAUAACAGGACAAGCCACCCGAGACUCAACAUCAACGGCAUUGUGAGUCGCAGUGAUCAAAGACCUGGCCAUGAAUGAGGAGACCAGGACGUGUGACUGACCAAGGAAGCUUUGACAACACAACUUUAGACUAAAGAAAAAUGAUGUGUAUCAAGGGUGGAACUGACUGUUAGCCUGAUAACCAUCGCUAUGGCGUUUUGCAACGGCAGCCUGCUGGCUAGGUGUGCCCCCCUGAUGGAGCUGGAAGAAGAGGAAGGGGUGGUGAUUUCACCACCCCCGCCUCCGCCGCCAGGGGUUGGGACUACUAGUCCCCUCAUGCCUGUCACCCUGCGUGUGACGCUGGCCGCUAUCAUGAUCUUCAUGAUCGCCAUCGGUUUCCUGGGCAACGCCAUCGUGUGUCUGAUCGUCUACCAGAAGCCCGCCAUGCGUUCUGCCAUCAACCUGCUCCUCGCUACGCUGGCGUUCUCUGACAUCAUGCUCUCGUUGCUCUGCAUGCCCUUCACCGCCGUCACCGUGGCUACCGCCGACUGGCGCUUCGGGGGCGGGUUCUGCCGUGCUUCUGUCAUGCUCUAUUGGCUCUUUGUCCUGGAGGGCGUGUCCAUCCUCCUCAUCAUCAGCGUAGACCGUUUCCUCAUUAUCGUUCAGCGGCAGGACAAGCUGACGCCACACCGUGCCAAGCUGCUCAUCGGCGCUUCCUGGGCGCUGUCCCUCUGCGUGGCGCUCCCAUCUGUGAUCGGCUGGCGGGCGGGCGCGGCGGGUGUGACGGGCAUUGGGGGGGCCUGGGCACCACAGUGCGUGCUGGGCUACAGUGAGUCGCUGGCCGACCGCUGCUACACGGUGCUGCUGGCAGUGGCUGUAUUCUUUGUGCCGUUCGGCAUCAUGCUCUACUCCUACCUGUGCAUCCUUAACACGGUCCGACGCAACGCCCUGCGCAUCCACAACCACACCUCCGACCAGGCCAGCCUCCCGGUCCUCAACCAGGUCAGCAAGCUGGGACUGACUGGCCUGCAACGUCCCCCGCAGGUCAAUGUGGACAUGAGCUUCAAGACGCGGGCCUUCACCACCAUCCUCAUCCUCUUCAUCGGCUUCUCUGUGUGCUGGCUGCCCCACACAGUGGUCAGUUUGCUGGCUGUGUUCAGCCGGAGGUUCUACUUCAGCCCUGCCUUCUAUCCGGUCAGUGUGGGGGCUCUGUGGCUCAGCUAUCUGAAGACCGUGUUUAACCCAGUCAUCUACUGCUGGAGGAUCAGGAAGUUCCGGGAGGCCUGUCUGGAGUUCAUGCCCAAGAGCUGUAGGCUGUGUCCCAGGGUGCCGGGCCGGAGCCACAGGAGGGUGAGACCCAGUAACAUCUACGUGUGCAGUGAGACCCAGUCGGCUGUGUGACAGUAACAUCUACGUGUGCAGUGAGACCCAGUCGGCUGUGUGACAGUAACAUCUACGUGUGCAGUGAGACCCAGUCAGCUUGGAACUAACGGUCACUCUGAGGACACGCCAUGGUAACCGUGGAAAGCAGUGGUCACCAACUCUGGUCUUGAAGCUACAGGGUGCUCCACUGGUGUAAAGGACAUGCUAUACUCUAUACGAUUUGUUAAGACAUCAACAUUUCAGCAGUAUAGACGGCUUGCUGCUGAAACGUUGCUGUCUUUUAACAAAUUAUUUGCAUUGGCGCAAUAGUGGCGAGGACAGUACAUUCUUGUGUUUUGUCUAAAGUGCCGUGGACACUGGACAGCCAUGAACAGAGCCACUCGAAAGUCUUUGUGUGACUGUCUUUAUUUCCCUUCUCCUAAAAAAAAGACCUGAAGAGAAAUGAUGUACAACUGGGAACAGUGUUUUCUAAUUAACCGUUUCCAUGGUGUUUGUAUAAUUGGCUGAGUACUGUUGGUGAUCGUUUACCCAGAUGGUUGUUGUAUAUGUCUAAUUAUACUGUAUGUAAAUGAAAACGUUGGAUAAAAUUGUAAAGAAAUGUU